AAACGCUUCGAUUUUGUGCGGCAUUCAUAAACAAGGACGCAAUUGAGAAAGUUGAGUUUCAAAUUUAGGAUUAAUUCUAGUUAGUUUCGUGGAACGCGAACUGUGAUAAUUGCCAUAAUUUUACGCGAGUGAAAAAUGAGUGUGGCUUUAUAUUCUAGUGAUUAAUUGACGCUAGGUGAACAUUUGAAACCAUAUUGUUUUUUGCGAGUGUGUGCACAGUACAACCAAAGUUUACCUGAUACCGAUCUCAGAUUAGAAAAGUAGUUAAACUCAUCUAGCAAAAUGCAUGGUAUGAUGAAAAUAAUUUCCAACGUCAAGGACUUCUAUAAUGAAAUAAACGGUGCUACGUUAACUGGUGCUAUUGAUGUGGUAGUUGUUGAGCAGCCCGAUGGAAAUUUCAACUGCUCUCCUUUCCACGUGAGAUUUGGAAAGCUAGGAGUCCUUCGGAGCAAAGAGAAAGUGGUCGACGUAGAAAUAAAUGGGGAACCGCAAGAAAUACAAAUGAAAUUGGGAGAGAGUGGAGAAGCCUUUUUUGUAGAGGAAGUAGUUGAAGAUGACGAAAACGAAAUUCCAGAACACUUGGCCACUUCUCCUAUCCCCGUUUCAGAGUUCGAAAAUAUCUUCAAAAAUCAGAGGAGGCGUCUCAGUUUCGAUUUUGAAGACAUAUCCAAAUUGAAUCUAGAAAACCAACAAAAUGAUUAUUCUAUACGUCGUAACACGACAGAAAAUGAAAACACCAAAACCAGAGAACGAAAUUUUAUCAAAAGACAAAUAGGUCUAGGAAAUAUAGAUAUCGGAGAAAAUUCCGCAGAAGAAAUGACGCUCUCUAUGAUAUCUGGAAAACACAGUAGCGAAGAUUUAAGCAGGAGCCACAAUGACAUAUCAGAGACAAUUUUUAAAAUGGAUAGUUUGGAUAUGGAGAGUAGCAAAGCUGAUGAUCCAAAAUCUGAAACNAAUGACAUUCUUUUUAAAAUUGACCAUUUUUUUAAUGAAAAAAACCUUCACUUUUACUUUGCAAAUUUCAGUAUCCAGUCCGGCUGUCAAGAUAUUUCUCUAUCGCUAUGUGGUUGGGAUCCUGAGCCAGAUUCUACCAGGUUUUUGGAACACGUCGUUAAGUUCAGCGAUUUAUGUAACACUCCUGUGUUGUUUGAAAAUCCGAAUCUGGUUGUAAGAAUCAAAGACAAAUACUACAAUUGGAAAGUAGCAGCUCCAAUUAUAGCUAGUUUCAUGAUUUAUGGAAGACCGCUUCUGAAGUCAUCUAUCGAUCAGUUGUGCAACAUGCAUAUGCCUGCGGCAUUGACAAGCAAAGAUUUUGGUCCGAAACAACAACAGGAAACGAAGUCUUCCUGGUGGAGUUGGAGGCGCGGAAAAACUUCCAGAGAAACUACACCUGCGCCCGAGAAGUCUACUGAAUCAGAGAAGACUGUAGAAACCAAAGAUGUUACUGAUAUUGCCGAAGUUGCCGUAGAAGUUGUAGCUGGUACAGAAACCACAGUCAGUGAAACUGUUGGUACCAAGGAAGAAACAAUUUUGCAACAAUCUACGAACUCAAAUAAUGAAAAACGUAAGAAGACAUUGAGGUUGAGUUCAAAACAGAUAGCUUCAUUAAAUUUGAGAGAUGGUGUGAACAAAGUGGAAUUUAGCGUUACUACAGCUUAUCAGGGAACUACAAGGUGUGAGUGUUACUUGUACAAGUGGAAAUGGGAUGACAAAAUUGUUAUUUCGGAUAUAGAUGGGACAAUUACGAAGUCUGACGUUCUAGGCCAUAUUUUGCCAAUUGUUGGGAAGGAUUGGGCUCAAACAGGAGUAGCUCAACUAUUCAACAAAAUCAAAGACAACGGUUACAAAUUAUUGUAUUUGAGUGCCCGAGCUAUCGGACAGGCUAGGAUCACCAGAGAUUAUUUGAAAUCGAUCAAGCAAGGAGAUUUGACUAUGCCAGACGGCCCCGUUCUUCUGAAUCCCACUUCAUUAAUAACUGCGUUCCACAGAGAGGUUAUUGAAAGGAAGCCUGAGCAGUUUAAAAUUUCAUGUAUGUCUGAUAUUAAGGCACUAUUUCCAUCCGAUUCAAAUCCAUUCUAUGCGGGUUAUGGAAACAGGAUAAAUGAUGUUUGGGCGUAUACAGCAGUAGGAAUACCUAUUGUUAGGAUAUUUACAAUCAAUCCACAGGGAGAGUUGAAACAUGAACUCACAGAGACUUUCCAAUCCAGCUAUUCAAAUAUGAGCAUAAUAGUGGACCAGUUGUUUCCUUCACGACUUGAUGCUGCUAAUGACUACUCUCAAAAUAUUUAUUGGCGGGACCCUAUUUUACCUGUUGAAGAUUUACUAGAUUAAAGUACCUAUUGUUACUAUAUUACCUCAUAUCCUUGUCAAGCGGCUGUCAGUAUAUAGCUACAAGCUACUGCUUUCGAUGUUGAUGAAAACGUACUAUUGUUAAAAAGUGUAGCGCUUUAUUUUUGUAGGGUUUGUCGUUUUGUGAUAUAUAAUGGCUAUUAAGUUUCAUUAUUUUUUUUUAUUUAUUAUUGAAGCAUAUCUUCCAAACUAUGAAAAUUUGUUGAUUAGAAAAAAAAGUAGCAACUUGAAUGAAGGAUUCUGAAAAAACUGUUCCAACAUUUAGUGAAGACAGCUAGAUUGCUACAAAAAUACAGUUUUUUAAUAUUUUUCAGAAGUCUUUUUCAAAAUACUUUUUCAGAAGUCUUUUUCAAAUAGGUAAAUAGUACUACUUGAUUUAUUUAUAGAAGGUUGCUAAUGAUUAUAAACCUAAAAUCUUCAAUUGUCACUUAUAAAAUGACAAAUGUUUUCAAAUUAUUUGAAAAACUGUAAGAAAAUUGUGAUUUUUUUUGUUGGCAUUGUGAUAAUUGAUGUACCUCCUGAGGUAGAUAAAACUAAAUUUUUAAAUGUGAUAUAAUUGUUCUGUGUUUAUAGAGAAAAGUUUUGUUUAUUUUUGUGGAAGUAAUUUUUGAAAUAAAGCAUUUAUUCUUUGCAUCAUUCCGAA